ACAUCCGUGAAACUCCUCAUGUUGCAUGCAUUAAUGCUGUCAUAGAUAAUCAGCAAGCGAGAGCGACUUUUUCUGUAAGAACACGUCAACGUGCGUAUGUUGCAUCUAAAGCAACCGCAGGGGUGCAGGUCAAAUGACCCCCGUGCAGUGGAGCUGAAGUUAAGGGAGCUAAAGAGAUCGCGGGGGCUUCCAGUAAGACCCAUUUUCAGUUAUAGUUGCACAAAGGUACACACACAAAGACGGUUGCGUUGAGUUGCUCAUCAGCUAAUAUCCACAUGCAGUUGUUGCGUUUAAUGACAGCCUUCUGUGACUUAUUAAACAAAAAUAUAGCCGACUUCAUAUAUAUACCCCCCCGCCCCACACACACACACACACACACACACACAGAGGGUAUUAUAUUUUUGAUUAUCUCCAUGGCUGUUCGCACAGUCGGUGUAAUGCAAGAUAUGAAAUUAAAAAGGAGCAAACAUCUUCUUUUAACACGCACCAUCUUGUUCUUGAGUCCAGCAGCACCACGUUGGUGGUUACGCACCACAGUCCCGGUCCUGCACGGAUAUUGUGGAUAUGAUGUUCUUAAUCGUUCAGAUAUUUAAGGAUCUAUAAUAACAACGCCUACACAUGUGACACGCCGUUUGAUGUAACACACUGGUAACAUCGAUGCUAUUCAGCGCGCAGUGACAAGCCAGUAAAUAAGCAAAUAGGCUUAAUAUUUAUGGAAACGAGUAUGCCCAGUGCUGAGUUUGACCCCACCGCGCUGCAGCACCGGCAGCAGGAACAGGAGGAACUGGUCACAAGGGAUUCACGUGUUUUAUAGAUCACAAAGAUGGAAUAUAACCCGGGGAGUAUUGGAGAAAAAAAUAUGGCUCAGGGGCGAACAUAAUAGUCAGUCCAUUCAGGCUAACUGUGGCCCGUUGCUAUUUCAAACAAUUAGUCCGUACUACACGGUCACAUUAUUUUGUAACCCGUGUGUGUGUGUGUGUGUUGGGGGGGUUCUUCCCAUAUCUGUGGCCGUGUGCGUGAAAAAAGGUGUGCCGGUCUCAGAUCCGCGCUGUUUUGUGUAGUUUUGUGUAGUUCUGCGCGUGCGUGCGUGUUCAUUCUAAUGAAUUCUAAUGUCGUUCGAGUGUGUGCGCGUGUUUGCGUUUCUGACGUGCGCAAAGACAAACUGUGUAUACUGUGCAUUUUACAAGAAAUACAAAGAAAUCUCUAGAAACAAAAGGUGUUUGUUUUUAAUGAAUAAUCUCACAAAAGUCAGGGUGCACGCCCUCCCCCUCAGAUAAGCUACUUGUUGAUGGAAACAUAAUCAAAGCACAUAUUCGUGACGCAACAGCCUAUUGCGUAUUUUCCGUGCAAUUUAUAGAAUGAUAUUUUUCAUAAGUGCUUCUGUGUGCCUUGUUGAAAAACUAAUUUAAAACGGAACUCUUGAUCCGGUUUUUGAAGAAUUAUUAUCGGUGUUAAUAUUACAAAACAUGCGGAAAAUCAUGUUGGAAAAGCAGCCCCGACCUGACACUGUGAUCACGCUCAAAAAUCACGGUUAAACAAGGUACAAUUUCACAGGAAUUGCGUGACUCCGCAAAAUUCACACACACGCAGCUUAGACGGUUUAAAUGGUUUCUGAAACGCUGGGAACGCCGGUUCGUUUAUUACGGUAUCACCAGGCUGAUGGACGCGAGCCUAUGUGGUCUCAGCUGAUAAGUAGGUCAGUCUAUAGAAGGCCUACAACCUUGGGGAAGAAAAAUCAGGAUAAAAGGCUCGAACACACUAAAGCAGUUAAGUUUGAUGUUUACUGGUCAGGGGGAAAAGCAGUGAGGGGAAAAAACGGGGCAAAUUUCUUUGUUUAAGCAGCACGUCCGUAACGCACAUCAGCCCGACUAAAAUAGCACGUGCUGACUGGAGUCAUUUUUACCAACAUGCAAUCGAUUGCUUGCUACGGUUACAUACAUUCUGAUGACGACCGCGGGGAGAAUUAGCACGUUACAUCUCGUCCUGUCAUGACUAUUUUCCGGCUCGGACUACUUACACCGGCUCUACACAAACUCUGCACUGGGCUGGAUUUUCUGCAGCUCUUUAUUUAGCUAUCGAGGAAAAAAUGUCAUAACAGCAUUAUUUACUCAGACGGCGGAGACUGUGGGCACAGUUGUAAACUAUUGUAAUGGCAGGGUGCUGGAGGGGUAGGUGGGCGGGUGGGUGGGGAUGGAAUAUCCAUUUUUAUUGCAUCACCUGUCAGCGGCGUCCAAUGGGCGUCGACUCCAGGGGCAUUAAUUGAUGAAGGUGUCUCCAGACAGGCCCACCUCCCCUCUCUCUCUCUCUCUCUCGCCCUGUCAUUUUAUUUGUGGCUCAACCAGCAUCCAGAAUAGCAGCUGCAUUUUAGCUCUUUCUGUUUCUCUCUGGAUCUGAUUCUCUCUCUCUCUCAUUCUGCUUCCCCCCACCCUCACAACACCCUCUCUCCCUCCCUUUCUGUCGCUCUCUCUCCCUCCCUCCCUCUCUCUCUCUCUCUCUUCUAGCUAUUUUAUCCCUCUGGCUGAGGCAGUGGUGUACACCUACCCCUCGUCCUGCUGCCGACCAGAGGGGAGUGGAGUCGGCAGAGGCAGGUAGCCCCGGCUUGGUGGACGCAUCCGUCGCAUUCCUCCACCACCAUGCCGGACCAGGGGCAAGAAGCAAGGAGUGGAUGCUGUCGGCUCAUUCAAUCUAUUAGACAGGGGCAGCUCCAUUUAACUCCGCAAGUCAAAGUUUGCAUUUUCAUUACGCAGCAGUGUGGCUGGAUUAUAGGUGUGAGCAGGAUGCCUUGAGCUCGCUAACCUAUGCCACUCACUGGUGAAUCCACAGUAUACUGAGGCUGACUACAUGGAGUAAUAGAUUCUAGUGGAUGCACACAAAUCAUGGGAGACCUGGAGUGUGGCUUUGAGGAAAUGCAAGGAGUGAGGCUGGGAUACCUGCUCAUCCAAGGCAAGCAAAUGUUUGCUUUGUCCCAGGUCUUCACCGACCUGCUGAAGAACAUCCCUCGGACCACGGUGCACAAGCGCAUGGACUACCUGAAAGUGAAGAAGCACCAGUGCGACCUGGAGGAGCUGCGGAAGCUCAAAGCAAUAAACUCUAUAGCUUUCCACGCCGCCAAAUGCACUCUCAUAUCGCGGGAGGACGUGGAGGCUCUGUAUUUCUCCUGCAAGACGGAGCGGGUGUUGAAGUCCAACAAAAGGAAAGCGAAAGCGGCGUGCUCCCCCGGGGAUGAGGACGAGUCCUCGGGGUUCCUCCGUGCUGACGGCGAGCUUUGGAGGGAAAAAGUUUGGUUUAGUUUGCAGCACGGCGUCCCGGAGACUCUCACACUCCACGGCAAAGCGGGCAGAAAGAGGGAGCUGACUCCUUGCCUUACCGACUCCAAACUACCUCAGUUUUAUCACAAAACGCACGGGCGGGAUUGCCGUUCGGCGACCAAGUCCAGUUACAAACACUUUAAAAACUAUGAAACAGCGAAAAUAACAGGGAACCGCGUCACUUUGAGCCAAAGGCACUCGUUUUUCCGGAGCGCGGUGAGCCGGCAGCCGGUGGUGCUUCAGUCCGCCAUAGCUGCUCAGUCCAGGCUCUCUCGCUCAGCCGGCGACCUACUUCACAAAAGGAAGAGGAGGCGCGAGGGGGGCGGCGGGAGGGACAGCGCGAGGCAUUCGUGGAGCAGAAGCAGGCACGCGCACCACCACGCACCGCCGGUGCUGCUCGUGCAACCCAAAUCGUCUGGAAGUCACGGGACUUCUUUCGGUGCUUUUCACCUCGGUCCAGAUUUUUAUCUCGACCCCCGACCCCACCAUCAUCACCACCACCAACAUCAUCAUCAUCAUCACCACCACCACCACGAGCCAACUUUCCCGGAGAGUUACAGCAGCGACACCGAGUCCAGCACCUACUCGGAACGGGCUUACCCCGACUGGGACUUCGGCUCUGGCUUUUCCACCAGCAGCAACUCCGCCAGUUCGGAAGAAGAAGAGGACGGCGAGGAAGAAGAUGACACUCAGUCGGAGAGUUCAGAGGUCAGCUCAGAGGAGGAGGAGGAGAGCUCCUCUCAGUCCGACUCCAGCUCAGUUUCGAGUCGUGUUUCGGUUCAGAGCAUCCGAUUCAGACGGGCGCGGGUCGGCUCGCUCGCCAAAAGUCUCAACACCAGCAAAGCACCUUUGGUCCUGCAGCCUACGUUUCACUACAACAACCCAGUGCAGCUCGAAAAAGAGCACAGGACCCUCGGACAUGUUGCUGCUUCGCAAUCACGGGACAGGAGACAGGACAAACUUCAGAAAUGUGAAUUCACAUGCAGAGAGACAGAGCAGGACUCGGGACCCUCGCAGCCCCAAAACUUUAACUCAGCUUCUGUGGGGGAGAGCUUUUUCAGCGAGUCUAAAAGGGAAAAUCUAAACCAGGCCGACACUGUGGAGGAGCUCGUCACAUAUUCACCGGGACCCAACCGGAAUAAGGCCUCUCACCCUUCACGCAGGACACAGGGGCAUCUCACCAAAUGCCCCCCGGGACUGAGGGCUCAGUAUGACCACAACAAAGAGGCCAAGCAGACCCAGAAAUGUGUCGACAGGAGGGAUGCGAAAGCGAUCGCCAGCCCAAGUCUGCCCACUCCACUGAAAAAAAUAAAGACCGAGUCGGAGGAGCCCUCUGUGACCGCCACCUCCUCUUCGGACAGGACAGCCAGGACGCCGCCGUUCAGUCUCCACAAUGUGAAAGUUAAAGUGGAGGAUAGCUGUGAUGAGUAUGAAUACCAGAGCCAGGCCACUGUAGCUAAAUGCAAAGGAGAUAAAACAGAGAGCAACAAUGGCCACUAUCCCAGCGGAGCCAUAAAACAAGGAGAUUUUUCCAACAGUGGGAUUAAAGCCACAGACAAGAGCCCCGAUGUGGCCCUCAGGUCCCCCUGUGGUCCUCAGGAAUGCAAGAGUAGUCAAGACGCCCCGUGUAUCGAGGAGGGGGAACACAGGCACAAAAACUGCAGGGCUCCGGUGCAGGGGAAUAAGAAACCCAGAGUUUCCAGGACGCAAACAAAACAAAACCUAUCCAGGGUCCACAAGGCUGCCUCUUCUUCGUCGUCCUCCUCCUCUUCUUCUUAUUCUUCUUGUUCUCGUCCCGUGGGGCGCGACGAGGCAUCCACGGAGGAUUUACCGAGCAGACGCAAACGCAGCAACGUGAACACUGUAGCAUCGCCUGCAAAAAUGCCUUUCAGCCUAAUGGCAAAUUUCCCAUCCCCGCCGUCGCUGAUUGUUGGCAGCGACGGGGAUUUGUGCCCCGCUUACUCCCUGAACUCACUGAGGGGCCCCGGGCCUCCCCCUCCGUCCCACCCCGUGUGGAGGUGGCAGCCAGGCGGCCAGAUUCUCCCUCCCCCACACGUUCACAGAACUAGGAAAUAGACGGCGGAGCUGUUUUUUAAAGCAGAAAAAGCCCUCACCAUUUAAAACCCAAACGUAGCCCGAGUCUUAACCUGUGCGCACCGAAAUGCUCGCAACUUUAUCGGUGUUGUUUCUUUUCUCUCCCCCUUUUUUUCUCCUGAGAAUGGAUUUACAUUCCGCUUUGUUUUCAAGCUCGAUCGAGGAAAACCCACAAGAUUCCCCCUUUUUGGAGCCUCUGAAAACGCCCACAGGACUGUGAGACACCGCUCGUGGAUAUAAGAUUUAAAAAAAACUUGUGUUAAAAUAAGCUAUCCUAAGCAAUAUCUAUUCUCAAUGGUGUGUUCACACGACUGUGUGUGUGUGUGUGUGCGUGUGUGUGUGCGUGCGAGUGUGUGUGUGUGUGUGUGUGUGUGUGUGUGUGUGUGUGUGUGUGUGUGUGUGUGUGUGUGUGUGUGUGUGUGAACUCGAAUGUUUCUUGUUCGCUUUUCUAAUUUGCUCGACCUGUUGGAUUGUAUGGCGCCGGGUUUCAGUGGUUUGUGCUUUGUCUGAAAGAAGGGGGGGGGUUAAAAGAAUCACAGCAUUCCUUGGGAUGAGGCUACUUUAAAAAAACUUGCUAGGAUUGAGGAGUAAACUUGACUGAGCAAAUCAUAAAAUAAUAAUAAUUAUAAUAACAUAAAAAUCAGGGUUUCCCAUUCUGUGCCACUUGGUAUAUUUUAUAUAUAUCAGCGUUGUGUUUCCUUUCCUCUGGCGUGCUAACCAGCUUGGCCACAAACAUCCAUGUGCCCAAAUAUUCAGUUUCAGACAUGUAUACAAGAAAAGCUCAGUUAAUGUCUGGUCAUAUGCUCACGGUUAAGCCUUUAUUAGAUUUGACAUAAAUUUAUUCUCUGGUUGUGGGAUUUCUUUUAUUAUUAUUAUUGUUGUUGUUGUUGGUGUUAUUAUUUAAAAUGAUUAUUUUUCUAAGGGUGGUUGUAUUCUGGUUUUCAGUCAUGUUUUUAUUUCUGCGGACUAUUUCCUGGGUUGCAAGCGUGUGACUGCACAUACGCAGGCCCAAACACAACACGGGCCUUGUAUACAGACAAUCAAAAAAAAGAAAAAAAAUUAUGAAUGAAUAAGCCUCCUUUAUGAGGUCUCACGACAGACUCGACAGAUUUGUGUCCCUCUAGGUCCACAUGGCCUCGGCUUCCUCUGGACGCAAUAAGAAGUUGUGCCGGGGAGAGUGUGUGCGCGUGGUGAACAUGUAAAUAAUUCAAGAAAAUAUAAAAUGCAGACAAAAUGGGAUGUGAUUUAGUGAU